UUUUUUGCAAGCGUCGCAAUAAACAAGUUGUGAAUCUUAAUCGGUGAUUGUCAGUAGCUGCCUUGAACCCGCCCCCCACAUCAGUUGUUAAAUCUGUAAUCGUCCGUCUCCUGGGUGUCCACUGCUGAGCGAUCGCAGUCAAGAGUCCACCCAACAGCUGGGGUGAGAUUCCAAGGCAAACAAAGGAACGCUGCUACACACAAACACGGCCGCAAUCACACCAAUCUCUAGCAUACACACACUAGCGCACUGGGGGAAAGAGUGAGAGAGAAAUGGGACGCGUAUUUCUGGAGCACCUGGGAGGCCUGAAGCUAUUCAACUGCGCCCAGUGCCACACAAACCUGACCAACCGCAGCCAACUGAUCAGCACGAGAUUCACUGGAGCGACGGGCCGUGCAUACCUGUUCAAACGCGUGGUCAACCUGACCUUCAGCAACAUCCAGGAGCGUGUCAUGCUCACCGGGCGGCACAUGGUGCGCGACGUCAUGUGCAAGAACUGCGGUGCCAAACUGGGCUGGAUGUACGAGUUCGCCACCGAAGAGUCCCAAAAAUACAAAGAGGGACGCGUCAUCCUGGAGUAUGCAUUGAUUAAUGAGGCCGAGGGCUUUCCCGCAGAGGCGCCCACCACGAGUCACUGAAUCUGAGCAAGAACAGUGCUAGCCGCUGGCAUACCAGUCCAGCCCGCACCAAUUCGCACCCUGAAGAAAGCAUAAGCAUGCAUAAGGCGAACCGAACCGCGCAUAACCCUUAGUAUUGAAUAGCAAGCCGAAGGCGAGGGCUUUUAUAAAUUAAGCCUAAUUUAGAGAACAGAUCGCCGUAGUCAAUGAUUGAGCUCCGUGUCCGUGUCGUGUCUGUGCCCAAAGCGGGGAGCAUGAUCAUCUCAUCCCGACAGAAGACGAGCCUAUGGCACUGUCUUAACGAUACUUAAACGUAGUUUUAGGCAUUUAGCACAUAAGCAGCUGCGGAUCCGCUCCCCUAUUGUAAAAUACGUCAUGAGGCUGAACUGCUAAAAGGUUCGGUUCCGGUCGCUGUGGAAACUCACAAAAGGCGAGCCAACCAAACGAUUGAUCCGAACAGAUUACCCUUAAAUAAUCACAUUUGUGUCUUUUUUUAAACGAGAUCUCUAGCCCGUAAAUAAAUCAACAAUAAAGCACACUGAUCCAUCGAA